AUGACCAUGUUCCGUACCGCCCUUCGUUCCGUCGGACGCCAGUCCCGCGGCUUCACCUCCUCGUCCAAGGCCGCCGCUCAGGAGUCGUCGUCGUCCUCGGCCGCCGCCCAGAAGGCCUCCAACACCCUCCAGAGCCUUUCGGAGAAGGCGCAGCAGAUCGGCGGUCCCGUCGUCAAGAGGGUCGAAGGCCUCCUCGGUGGCUACUCUGAGCCCCUUCAGUACAACCUCAAGGUCGCCGGGUCCGUCGCCAAGCAGGUCUACAUUGCCGAGGGCCUUGCUCCCCCCACCUCGGUCUCGAGCAUCACGAGCGCCUACCGCACCAUCUGGUCGCGCGUCACCGACGCCGGCUACUGGGGCCAGCUCCUGACCAAGGGACAGUGGAAGCAAGUCGGCAUCUACGCCGUCGAGGCCUACGGCAUCUUCACGAUCGGCGAGAUGAUCGGCAGGAGGUCGCUCGUCGGCUACAAGCUCGACACUUCCAAGCACGGCCACCACGGCGCUCACCACUGA